CAGCAAGUCAAACACACACAAUUACAACAUACACAGAGACAGACCCAGUUAGAAAACACACAGAAACAUAGCUACACAGACACACACACACUCAACUCAGCAAGACAAACAUACACAAUUACAACAUACACAGAGACAGACCCAGUUAGAAAACACACAGAAACAUAGCUACACAGACACACACACACUCAACUCAGCAAGACAAACAUACACAAUUACAACAUACACAGAGACAGACCCAGUUAGAAAACACACAGAAACAUAGCUACACAGACACACACACACUCAACUCAGCAAGACAAACACACACAAUUACAACAUACACAGACAGACAUCUACACACACACACACAAACUCAGCAAGACAAACACACACAAUUACAAACACAGAGACAGACACAUAGCUACACAGACAGCUCAGCAAGACAAACACACAAUUACAACACACACAAAGACAGAAACAGUUAGAAAACACACAGACACAUAACUACACAGACACAUAGCUACACAGACAGCUCAGCAAGACAAACACACAAUUACAACACACACACAGACAGACACAGUUAGAAAACACACAGACACAUAGGUACACAGACACACACAUACACAGAUACUGCACAACUCAGACACACACACACACAAUUACAGUGAAACAAAGAGAUACAGUUACAAAACACACACACACACAGGAAUACAGAGAGACACACAAGCAGUCACAGCAGACAGAGAGACCGACACACAGCCACCCACACACAUACUAGGAUUCCCAGCUCUCCACACCCCUGGGGAUAUCAGCAACACGCUUGUGAGAGAGGAGCCAGGCGAUGGCGAUGGCAAUGGGAGCCCGGCCGUUGCUGGGAACAGCCCGGGUUCGCAGGAACAUGCUAGGCGAAGAUUUAACGAAAUGCGUUCAGCUGGCCAAGAACCUGCGACCCAAAUCCGAGUGCACUCUCCGGUUAUACGACCAGUGUCAGGGGUUGACAGAGAAAGUGACUGGUAACCUGAGCCUGUCUGAGACCGACGGCAUCCCCCUGGCAGGCACCAGUCGCUGGAGUGAGCUUUCCGACCAGGAGCGCCUCAAUCAGAACUUCCGUGCCUACAAGAUCUUCAGCACUUACCUGCGGCUGUACCUGAACAACGUUCCGGCCUGUGGGCAGUACUCACGCCUGCCGGACUCCAUCAGGGAGCUCUGCACGCAGACGGAGAGUUUCGUGGUGAGAAUCAGCCAGCUGAUGGUGGACAUGGGGCUGCCCGUGCCCUCAAUCAGAGUGCCCAACGUUGACACCCCCAAGGACUGGGAUAGGAAGGUCUGGGGCCAUCAUCUCUUGCUGGAACUCAGUAACUGGUCGCUGCGUUCUGUGCGUGACUUCAGCAAACUGAAGACCAACCUCUCGUCCAACCGAGCACGCCCGAACCAGCUGAGGGGGGUGCAGCUGAGGUAAGACGCCUCGCUGCCAAGGCCAUGCCCCCCCCAACCCACCAAUCCAACUCAAUCCCACCCAACCCAAUCCCACCCAACCCAAUCACACCCAACCCAAUCCCACUCAACCCAAUCCCACCCAACCCAAUCCCGCUCAACCCAACUCAAUCCCACCCAACCCAAUCCCACUCAACCCAAUCCCACCCAACCCAAUCCCGCUCAACCCAACUCAAUCCCGCCCAACCCAAUCCCACCCAACCCAAUCCCGCUCAACUCAACCCAAUCCCGCCCAACCCAAUCCCGCCCAACCCAAUCCCGCCCAACCCAAUCCAAUUCCACCCAAUCUAAUCCAACCCAACUCAACCCAAGCCAACCCAAUCCCACACAACCCAAUCCCAUCUAAUCCAACCCAACCCAAACCAAUCCCAUGCGACCCAACCCAACCUCAUUCCUGAUGAAGGGCAUUUGCCUGUAAUGUCGAUCUCCCUGCUCCUCAGAUGCUGCCUGAUCCAACCCAACUCAAUCCAACCUAACCCAAACCAACCCAACCCAACCCAAAUCCUGAUGUCUAUCAAAGAGAGGAGAAUCCGCGUCUAGCAGCCGCCAGAAGAUGGCCAACCGACCUCUGACCUUGGGAGGAGGAAUGCUGGGGGGGAGUGGAUGAGCCACUGACCUACAAGGGGGAUUGUCUGGAAGGGAGUGGGUCACCCUUCCAGGUUUGAGAAACCCUUGAGCGCUGACCCCAAUGUUUCACUGGGUGGGCAGUGCAUAAAAAGGGCUGUUUCUUUUUUUUGUCGCAGUGUUCCUCCUCCACCUGUAGAUGACGAGAGCUGGCAGCAGUGAGGGCGACGCUGGCUUGGCAUCCACCUCCAGCCACACCUGCUGGUAGGAGAGCGGAACUGCAUUCCAACUGCGAUGUUGACUUUGCAGUCCAGUUCUGUGCACGGACGUCCCCAUGAUGGGUUAGGAGCAGGGCUGCCCCGGCUGCUCAGUGUUCUGGAAGUUUCUUUGGCGUGACGCCACUGGCUCGCAUGCUUUCCCGGCUCCCAACCCUCUCUCUCGGUUGGUCAAUGUGAUCAGGCUCCCUGUGGGAGAGGGCUCCGCACCCCUCACACCUUUUGGGGAAUGACGUUUCUCCUGAACUUCCCAUUGGAUUGAAGAGGGACCUGAUCCAGUUGAUCCCCUGGCCCUUGGGAUCCUCCUGAAGCCCGCUGGAGUUACCAGUGUGCUCCCUUCCAUUGCAGGGGUCAGCAGGAGGCAACUGAGGAACAGACUGACCACAGUUACUGUCCUCCCCUCCUCUUCCUCGCCCACACCCUAUCACCAACCCCCAACCCUUCCUCCUCUCCCCCCCCACAGCUCCUGGGCCCACAAGCAGGGAGCUGUUGGGCCAGGACUCUGCGUUUGUAAAUUGUGGUAAGGAGAGGGUAGCAGGGAGGUGCAGGCCCGAGAUCAGAAAGUGGAGAUUCACCUUCCAAAUGAUGCACUGAGCUGAAUGGCCUGGUGCUGUUCCCCCUGUGUGUGGGACAGGCUGGGGAAGGGGCUGAAUGGCCUGGUGCUGUUCCCCCUGUGUGUGGGACAGGCUGGGGAAGGGGCUGAAUGGCCUGGUGCUGUUCCCCCUGUGCGUGGGACAGGCUGGGGAAGGGGCUGAAUGGCCUCCUGGUUGCGAGUGAGUUGAUGUAUUUGGUGUCUGGAGUUAGACUCCAGCAGUUUUCUUUCAGUCCGUCGCUGAGAUUAAUUCCCGCUGUGCUGCUAACCCCCCGGAGUUCACCAGGGGUCACGGGCACGGUCUGUCAGGCACACGUUCAGAAAGAACACUGGGUUCACCGUGGAAUAAAGGCCAGGGAAACAAAUGGGGGGUCAGUGUAGAGGGAGCUUUACUCUGUAUCUAACCCCGUGCUGUCCCUGUCCUGGGAAUGUUUGAUGGGGGACAGUGUAGAGGGAGUUUUACUCUGUAUCUAACCCUGUGCUGUCCCUGUCCCUGGGUGUGUUUGAUGGGGGGACAGUGUAGAGGGAGCUUUACUCUGUAUCUAACCCCAUGCUGUCCCUGUUCCUGGGAGUGUUUGAUGGGGGACAGUGUAGAGAGAGCUUUACUCUGUAUCUAACCCCAUGCUGUCCCUGUCCUGGGAGUGUUUGAUGGGGGACAGUGUAGAGAGAGCUUUACUCUGUAUCUAACCCCGUGCUGUCCCUGUCCCUGGGAGUGUUUGAUGGGGGGAACAGUGGAGAGGAAGUUUUACUCUGUAUCUAACCCCGUGCUGUCCCUGUCCCUGUCGUGUUGGCGACACUGUGUGUGGAGUUGGUGUGGGGUGGGAGACCAGGGGCUGUGAUGGUUGGGUGUAUCUGGAGAGAACUCACUUAUCGCAAGAUCAUGUUUCCAAAUAUAUCCUUGGAAACAGACAAGGGAGUGUGGGGGAAAGAGAGAGAGAGAGACAGAAUACUGUAGUCAUUCAGUAAUCAUCUCCUGAGGGUGAGUUAGGGAGUUGUGAUCCCACUCUCACACACCGAGUGGGAGUGAUCUGUAACACCAGGUCAAAGGAAUCUAUCAGCAACUUCUGAAAAGAGACGUGGCACCAUCGAUCAACAAGGAGGUACUGGGUAAUACAGGCGUCCUGAUCACGGCCAAUCCACCCUAACCUGCACAUCCCUGGGCACUAUGGGACAAUUUCCCAUGGCCAACCCACCCUAACCUGCACAUCCCUGGACACUAUGGGACAAUUUCCCAUGGCCAAUCCCACCCUAACCUGCACAUCCCUGGGCACUAUGGGACAAUUUCCCAUGGCCAACCCACCCUAACCUGCACAUCCCUGGACACUAUGGGACAGCUUAGCACAGGGUGAGAUACAAAGUAAAGCUUCCUCUGCACUGUCCCCCAUCAAACAUUCCCAGGACAGAUACAGUACGGGGUUAGAUACAGAGUAAAGCUCUCGCUACACUGUCCCCCAUCAAACAC